AUGGCCCAACUAUUAUGUGCCUCUAUAAUAAAGAGACCACCACAUCUGGUCUUAAGAGUGUCUAAUGGCGGCAUAGGCAAGCGCCCGCCAUUAGAAAAAAAUCCCUCUAUUGUUAUCUCUGUGAGCACAUGUGUUUUGGAUACAAUGCGAUUAGUGGAUCUUCUUUUAGUGCUUUUAUUUGAAGGAAGGAAGGCUCUACCGAAAUCUUCUCAAGCAGCGCCUCUUCCAACUAGGGUACCAAGUCUCCGACGAGUUGACACUGCAGGAGAGAGAACUCAUCGUCAAUUAAUAGACUGCAUUCGCAGUAAAGAUACUGAUGCUUUAAUUGAUGCCAUAGACUCUGGGGGUAUUGAAGUGAAUUUUAUGGAUGAUGUGGGCCAGACUUUGUUAAAUUGGGCAUCUGCAUUUGGCACUCAAGAAAUGGUGGAAUUCUUGUGUGAGCGAGGAGCAGAUGUUAACAAAGGCCAAAGAUCAUCUUCAUUACAUUAUGCUGCAUGUUUUGGAAGACCAGGUGUAGCGAAGGUUUUAUUGAGGCAUGGUGCAAAUCCAGAUUUAAGAGAUGAAGAUGGAAAAACUCCCUUAGACAAAGCAAGAGAGAGAAAUGAUGAAGGACACAGAGAAGUAGCUGCUAUUCUUCAGUCACCUGGGGAAUGGAUGUGUUCUGUCUCUGAAAGUGCCAAGCUUGGAGAAAGAAAGCAGCAAGACCAUGAGUAUGAUAAUGAACCUAAGGGUGAUCCUGAAAUGGCACCAUUGUAUCUUCAACAGUUGUUACCUGUGUUUUGUCAGUUAUACCAGCGAUCUAUGGUACGGUCUGUUAGGAAAGCAAGUUUGAAUCUCAUUAGGAAAAUGAUCCAUUACAUUAAUGCUAAUUUGCUUACUGAAUUUUCAAAUUCUGAUGUUGGAGCAAAAAAUUUUGCUACAAUCUUGACUGAAGUCAUAUCUAGUGUUUUAGACAGCGAGGAAGAAGAGGAUGUGUUAUUGCAAACAUUAAAUAUCAUACAUGAUUUGAUGCUGAAAGGAAGAGAAAUAUAUUUGGAUCAUUUUGCUCGACUGGGUGUCUUUACAAAAGUUUUAGCUUUGGCCGGUCCUAUGGAUAAUGAAGAAGAAAACAAAAAAAUAAAAGAUGAAGGGGAAGAAGACUUUUCAAUAGAAGAUGCAAAAGAGAUUUUGCCUGGGAAACCUUAUCAUUGGCGAGAUUGGAAUAUUGUAAGAGGUCGAGAUUGUUUGUAUCUAUGGAGCGAUGCUGCUGCUUUGGAACUUUCAAAUGGCAGUAAUGGUUGGUUCCGCUUUAUACUAGAUGGCAAAUUAGCGACAAUGUAUUCUAGUGGCAGCCCUGAGAAUGGAUCCGAUUGUUCAGAGAAUCGAGGAGAAUUUUUAGAAAAGUUGCAACGUGCUCGGAGUCAAGUUAAAACUGGUUCUCCUAGUCAGCCUAUUCUGUCUUCUCCUGGUGCAACGCGCUUAGUAGUUGGAAAUUGGUCUUUGUUUUGUAAGAGAGAUGGAGAAAUUAGCAUACAUAAUUCAGAUGGUCAACAGACUUUACUGGGUGUUUCUAUGAGCUUUGCAACCACUUCCAUAUGUGAUUGGCCUGUCUCCACUCUAUCAGGAAUUCUACAUCUCAGUUCAUCAAUACGCUUGUGGUUACUUAUUUUACCUGAUAAAAUUUAUCUAGCCCUUUGGGGAAACAUGGUGAAUGUCGUGAAGGAGUAUGAGCAAACAAAUUGCUGA